AUGGAAACUACAAGGGUACUUUUCUGCAGACUCUUUCUUGUCUUGUAUCUCCUUCAGAUGGUUACACCAAGUUCAGAACAAUUUAUGGUGAAAGGCAUAAAGGGGCCAAUCCUGGCUCCAUUUGGUGGAGAAGUUGAGCUCAGCUGCCAGUUGUCUCCACCGCAGAGUGCACAACACAUGGAGAUCCGCUGGUUCCGUAACCGCUACACACAACCUAUUUACCUGUACAAGGCGGGUAAAGACCUGUAUGGAGAAACUACCUCCAGGUAUGUGGAGAGGACAGAACUCCUGAAAGAUGCCAUUGGAGAAGGUAAAGUGACCCUCAAGAUCUUUAAUGUCAGUGUUGAUGACGAUGGGCAGUACCACUGCUUCUUUAGAGAUGGAGAUUUCUCUGAAGAGGACGUCACAGAAGUGAAGGUCACAGCUACAAGCUCAGACAUACAGAUUUUUGUGCAUCCUCCUAAUACCAAAGGUCUUAUUAUGGAAUGUCAUUCAGGAGGUUGGUUCCCACAGCCUCAAAUGGACUGGAGAGACAGCAGAGGAGACAUACUCCUACCUACAUCAAAGUCUCACUCACAGGAUGGAGACAAAUUGUUCAACAUGAAGAUGACCCUUCUUCUCAGGGAUGCCCACUCUGGAAAUGUUGCUUGCUACCUUAGAAACCCUCUAACUGGCCAAGAGGAAAGAACAAGCAUUGUCUUAGCAGAUGAACUAUUUUCACAGAAGAAAAUUUGGAUAAUAAUUAUAAUUACACUUGCGACAGUGCUGAUAUCCUCUAUUUUGUUGUUUUCUUUUGUCCUUUCCCCCAAAUCCAAAGUAUGCUGCAGCUGGAAUUCUCCUCUGUUAGUGGGUUCAGUAAUAAUUAUUUCUUCAGUGAUUGUGGAUGUCAUACUCAGUGUCUAUUUGUAUCAGCAUCAAAGAGUUCCUGAUUCAGAUCCACUAUUUGCAUUGGAUGCCAUCUGGGCAGAAGAUAUGAUUGUGGCCCUCUGGGUGCUGAUGGUCUUCAUCACCAUGCUCAUUUCCCUUAUUUACUUCAAAAUGAGAGAAGCAUUGCUGAACUACCUGCGGGCACCAAGGCAACCAUUUGAAAGACCUGGAAAGAAAUUUUCUCUGUAUUCUGGAGCUCAAGUAAGUGAUCAGAAUGCUGAUGGUGGUUGGAUGUCAGACCGCCCUCUGACAGAGGUUGAGGAGAAUCACUAG